AUGCCGAGAAUGGGGGAAGUAGUCAAGGACUUGACCGCUGGGACUGUUGGAGGGGCAGCACAGUUAGUAUGUGGGCACCCAUUUGAUACUAUAAAGGUUAAACUCCAAAGCCAGCCUAAUCCACUCCCUGGACAACCUCCCAAGUUCUCAGGUGCUAUUGAUGCUGUCAAGCAGACAUUAGCUGCUGAAGGCGCAGGGGGUCUCUACAAAGGUAUGGGAGCUCCACUUGCCACUGUUGCAGCCUUCAAUGCUGUCCUCUUCGCGGUAAGAGGCCAAAUGGAGACGUUGUUGAGGUCUCAACCUGGUGCCCCACUUACAGUGGGCCAGCAGGUCAUUUGUGGGGCUGGGGCUGGAGUAGCUGUGUCCUUUCUAGCAUGCCCCACUGAGUUGAUCAAGUGCAGGUUGCAAGCCCAGAGUGCAAUGGGAGAUAGUGGCUCAGUGGGUGCCACAGUGAAGUACGGAGGACCAUUGGAUGUGGCCAAGCAGGUACUUAGAUCAGAAGGGGGUACGAGGGGUCUCUUCAAGGGCUUGGUUCCUACUAUGGCACGCGAAAUACCUGGAAAUGCUGCACUGUUUGGUGCCUAUGAAGCACUGAAGCAGUUCUUUGCUGGAGGUCAGGACACUUCUGGCUUGGGAAGAGGCUCUUUAAUUGUGGCUGGAGGCUUGGCUGGAGCAGCUUUCUGGGCCUCUGUCUACCCUACUGAUGUUGUCAAGAGUGUAAUUCAGGUAGAUGAUUACAAAAAUCCAAAGUUUUCCGGCUCAAUUGAUGCGUUUAGAAAGAUCCUGGCCUCAGAGGGAGUCAAAGGCCUCUACAGGGGCUUUGGACCAGCUAUGGCUAGAAGUGUUCCAGCCAAUGCAGCAUGCUUCUUAGCAUAUGAGAAGCCAUUUUUCUCUACAUUGAACUUGUGGUUCGAAACUCUUGCAGAUGGUUUGCAUCUGAUGGAUGUGGUAGAUGCCAACCAUACUGCUGUCACUUUGUAUAUUUAUUUAUUGGGGUGGGCGAUGGGAUGGAGGAAAAUGACUGAAGAUAAAUAA